AGAUACGCAAAUGAAUGUGGAAAAAAAGAGGACUAUAUUGGCCACACCACGCACCUUUAUCACUUUGUGAAACUUAACCGCAAACUUUUAGAUGUGACUGAAGUCGGGUAGGAUUAUAUGCUUACUUACAAAUACCUGAUAUUGAUCAAGUCAAUGGUAAUAGAUGUAAUGAAAACCAGCUGGCAAAUGAGAGUUGUGUUCGCUUCGUUUUUUGUGAUAUUUGUGAUUAUCCAAUUCAUACAUAUUCUUGUGGCCACGCAAUCAAAUCCAAAAUGCAAGGCAGAAAACAAAACGUGCGCCACAAAUGAGAGUAGAGAACUUACAAAACUGAAGACUAGGCUAUUGCGAAUGCAAAGUCUUUUGACUUUGGUGCACAGAAUAACAAAGGGCGGGAAACGUCAAGAAGAGUCAUGUCAUAUCGAAACAGCUUUGUUGUUGUUAAACCAGAAGAAAGCGUCAGAGACAAUUUUUAACGAUCCAUUUGAGGACUUCACACCUUUAGGAGGUACAGAUUGGAGUUUUAGGACAUACAUUCCUUGCUCAAACAUAUCAUCAAAGUUCAGGAAGAAUGGGCGGCGGCGCCAGAUCAUACCCUCGUGCGACAAUGAUGACGUAAAAUUGAAAGUGAAAGAUAACUUUAAUCAGACUAUUCCGCUAUUUGGGUUUCCUGACAGUUGUCUGCAGAAAGUCAUCGACCAAUUGUGUACAACACAUUUCUUAGUUCCAAAUAUUCUACACUACAUUUGGUUGGGAAAAGGAAGUUUCGAUUUCAUGUACUUUGUAAGUAUCUAUAGUGGAUACAAAAACCAGCACCCGUGUUUGAUAUUUCUGUAUUACGACAAACUACCCUCAGGCGAGUGGUGGAAUGUUUUACUUCUAUCCGUUCCAAACAUAAUUCCAAUCAAGGUGAACCCGCCAUCAAAAAUAGGAGGCAAGAAGAUCGUCUUUGUACAACACAAGUCAGACAUACUAAGGCUACAGAUACUUACCAAGUAUGGAGGGAUUUAUCUUGAUACCGACCAACUUCUGCUUACAUCCUUAGACAAGUUCCGGAACAGAGAGUGCACCAUGGGAAUGGCGGCGGACGGUUAUUUCGGAAGUGCGGUGAUUAUAGCUGGUAAAAACUCAGCAUUUAUCAAAAAAUGGAUGGACAGCUACUUCGCUUACAAGCCGAACUUAUGGGGAGAAAAUUCGGUAAUCAUGGCAACCAAACUGGCCAAACAAUAUCCUAAGCUUAUUCAUGUAGAAAAACAUUACUGUUCCUUUUAUCCGCAUCAAACUUAUCUAUCUGAUCAUAAUUACAAAUGGUCACAUAGCUAUGGUAUUCAUAUUUACAAACCAGGACGCGAGGAACAGUUGAAACAGUUAAACUUCUCCAGCAUAAGGAAACUGAACAAUACGCUAGGAGCAGCUUUCCGGUUCGUUCUCUUUGAUAAUAAAGAACUGUGUUCGUAAUUUAUCAGUAACUAAGAGGAAAAGUAUUAUCAAAAAAAUUGGAGCAUGCAAUAAUUAAAAUGUCUUCUCAAAACAGAACUGAGAACAAAAUAGCUUUUUUAUUGUAUUACAAGCAUUGUAAACCAUUGUAGCGACUUCAUUUCACGAUUUACUUACGAUACACUGGUUUGCGCUACAACUUAUUUUCGCGACCAAGCUCUAUCAAAACCCGUGUUGUUAUAACAACCAUAGGAAAAGGACUGGUUCGCGUCGUGAAAUAUUCGCGACGACGAAACUUGGACACGAGAAAAAUUGGUUCAAAGUAUUUGUUAGGUUCACUGAAAGAACAGUAACUCCAGCUUUAGAAAACAAUUGAAAUUCAAAUUAAAUUGUUUUUUCAAGAAGAGGUAUAUAUUAUUCUCUUGUUCACUUAGUUGGGAAAAUGCAUAGAUGUGUGCAUGCAUUUUUGUUCGAUAGAUUGAUAGAAAACCAUGGCACUGAAAAUCAUUGAUUUCGUAUGCUUCUUCACCAUUAUAACACAUUAUCUACAUUCGUAUUCCAAGUUUUCCGUAAAUUGAGUAUUCACGAUUCAAAGUACAAUUCUGUUCAAGUUAAGAUUAUAAACAAAUGCACUUAUGUAGUAUUUUCUACAGUCCCUACUUUCAGGCAAAAACAAAUUUUCAAUGGAUCUAGUGACCUUAAUUUGUACUUCAAUGUAAUUAAAUAGGUUGUCUUGUCAAUAUCUUACAAGGAAAAUAAACAAAAUCCGGAUAAAGCUAAUCGGUCACUCAUCCAACGUUUAUACAAACCCAAUUAUUAUAACAAUGUAUGAUUGUCCGAUUAUAGUAAUAAGUGGCGAUGUAUAAUCAACAACAAAUAAACAGUUGAUUGUCGUCCUAAAAUAAUGAAAUCUUUAUUUCAACACAAACACUAAUAACCAGCUACAACAAACUAUACCGGGUCUAUACACAGAGGUACACUCAAAACAAAUAUACAUUUUUGUACAUGUAGCAUCUACUCUCGCGGUAAUAUUAAUCACCUGUAUACU